AUCCCCUGUGGAUCUGGGAAAGGAAAAUGGAGGCAGCAGCACCGAUUCAGGCACAGGUGGCCUUUGAGGAUGUAGCUGUAUAUUUCACAGAAGGGCAGUGGGCUUUGCUGGAUCCGAGUCAAAGAGCUUUAUACCGGGAUGUCAUGCAGGAGAAUUAUGAGAAUGUGGCCUCCUUAGGGUUUCCUGUUCUCAAACCUGACUUGAUCUCCCGGCUUCAGCAAGGGGAAGAGCCAUGGGUUUUGGAUCAGCCAACCUUGGAAGGAAAUGACCUCCCCUCAGAUUACGAUUUAGGAUCAUUCUGUGGUGGCUAA